CGUCCCUGAUGGCCCAGGACUCUCUGUCGCCUUGAAGAUUGGACUUGGUGCCAUGGAGGGUCAGACCCCAGGAAGCAGAGCCCUCUCAGGAAAGACGGUUUCCGUGGCCUCCAGCCCCGGCCUGUCCUCGCUGGGCGCCGUCUUCAUUCUCCUGAAGUCCGCGCUGGGCGCCGGCCUGCUCAACUUCCCGUGGGCCUUCCACAAGGCGGGUGGGGUGGUCCCCGCUUUCCUCGUGGAGCUGGUCUCCCUGGUUUUCCUGAUCAGCGGGCUGGUCAUCCUGGGCUAUGCCGCCUCCGUCAGCGGCCAGGCCACCUACCAGGGCGUGGUCAGAGGGCUGUGUGGCCCGGCUGUCGGGAAGCUGUGUGAGGCCUGCUUCAUCGUCAACCUGCUCAUGAUCUCCGUGGCCUUCCUCAGGGUGAUCGGGGACCAGCUGGAGAAGUUGUGUGACUUCCUCCUGCCCGGCACCCUGCCAGCCCUGCAGCCCUGGUACACCGACCAGCGCUUCACCCUGACGCUGCUGUCUGAGCUGGUCAUCCUGCCCCUGUCCAUUCCGCGCGAGAUUGGCUUCCAGAAAUACACAAGCAUCUUAGGCACCCUGGCUGCCUGCUACCUGACCCUGGUCAUCGUGGCACAAUACUACCUCGGGCCCCAAGACCUCGCUCGUGAGCCCCCCCUGGCGUCGAGUCCUUCCUCCUGGACCUCUGUGUUUAGUGUCUUCCCCACCAUCUGCUUUGGGUUUCAGUGUCAUGAAGCCGCCGUGUCCAUCUACUGCAGCAUGCACCACCAGAGCCUCAGGCACUGGGCCCUGGUCUCCGUGCUGUCCUUGCUGGCCUGCUGCCUCAUCUACUCGCUGACAGGCGUGUACGGCUUCCUGACCUUCGGGACAGACGUCUCUGCUGACAUCCUGAUGUCCUACCCAGGCAACGACGGGGUCAUCAUCGUCGCCCGGGUCCUCUUCGCCGUGUCCAUCGUGACCGUCUACCCCAUCGUGCUCUUCCUGGGGAGGUCGGUGAUGCAGGAUUUCUGGAGGAGGGGCUGCCGCUGGGCACGUGGGCCCCAGGCCCUGGCCGAGCCCUCGGGGCCGUGGGUGCGAAUGCCGCUGACCGCCCUGUGGGUCACCGUGACGCUUGCCAUGGCGCUGUUCCUGCCCGACCUCAGCGAAAUCAUCGGCCUCAUCGGCGGUGUCAGCUCCUUCUUCAUCUUCAUCUUCCCAGGGCUGUGCCUUAUCUGUGCCAUCAGCGUGGAGCCCGUAGGACCCCGAGUUAAGUGCUGCUUGGAGGCCUGGGGGGUGCUCUCCGUGCUGGUCGGCACCUUCAUCUUUGGGCAGAGCACGGUGGCGGCCGUCAUGGAGCUGCUCUGAGGGGUGGCCGGCACCCGCACACCCCGGGGUCUCCACGGCCACCCCGGUCCGCUGCCUGCACCCAGCCGUGAGACCGAUGUAAUUUCGUCAUAAAGGUGCUGGAGAAACGGAUACGUUCUGCCUUCCCAGGCUGUUCAUUUGGGCUUCUGGCUGGCUCCAGGGUUUCUGGUGCAGUGGUGAGGCGUGUCUGAGUGUCGUGGGGCUGCCCUGCCGAUAACCCCCGACUGGGGGCUUGAAGCAACGGAAAUGCGUUCUCUUGCCGUCUGGAGGCCGGGAGCCUGGGGUCGGGGUGGGCAGGGCUGUGCUCCCUCUGCAGGCUCUAGGGGAGGGUCGCGCCAGCUUCUUCCAGCUUAUGGUGGGUGCCGGCCAUGCCUGGCUCUCCUUGGCGUGUGGCAGGGUCCCUCCAGUCUCUGCCGCCGUCUUCCCAAUGUAUCUGUCUACAUUUCUCGCUUAGAGGGCUCUCCCUAAUUCCACAUGCCCUCCUCUUUAAAAACUGAAUUACGUAACCGGGGUCUGCAAAAUCCUAUUUCCAAAUAAGGGCACAUUCCCAGGUCCCUGGCGUCAGGACUUCAGCUUAUUUUUCUGGGGGACACAGUUUACCCAUAACUGGGAGGUAGGUGCUGAGGCCCAGAGAACUCUGCUUUGGGGGUUUGGGAUCAGAGACACGAGGCGAGGGCGUUGCUUAGUGGAUGAGAACCCAGAGGGGAUUUGGGGUGGCAUCCGCUGGGGAUGGCUGUGCACUCAAGCUGGUCCUCAGGCCAGGGCACGGGGGAUGCCCAGGGAGGUGCAUGCCCAGAGCGGCCACCCAGCCUGUGCUUGGCCCCUCUGCAGUAGGGGGCACCCUGAGGACAGCCUUCCACUGACUGAACUGGAGGCCCAGUGCACUGAUUCCGGGGUGAGAGGCAGGGGUCUGCAGGGCUGGGUGGAUUGGAGGACAGGGCCAGCUGCUCCCGCGUUGCCGUGCUCGCCCGCACGGACCCUGCCCAGGGCCUGGGACCCCCCGGAUGGAUGUUGCUGGAUUCAGGCCACUCUUCCUGUGCCCUGGGAGGUCCUCCAGAAACCACUGAUGCCAGAGGCUGGAGGGGCUGACGUCCUCGGACACCUCCCUCCAGGUACCGAUGGCGCUGUCAUAGGGCCGAGCCUCAGAUCCGCCAUGACCACGUGAGGAUGUGACGCAAAGAAAUGCAGGCUGAGGCGCCGCCCUCUGACGCCCGAGCUCACGAAGGCAGCUUUUAAACAGGAGCACCCUUGGCCUCAGCUGGUCAGGAACCCGGAUUCAGAGCCCAGCCACGUGCGACGAGGGGCUCAAGCCCAGCCUGAGAAACGCCACCUCCAACUGCACUGAGGACCUGCCGUCUGAGUGGUGGAUGCCGCUAAAACCUGACUUAUCAGCCUCCCCACCAGGAGCCUCUGGGACAAGGAAAAGGGCCUGGAGCGGGGGCCAGGGCCCCUCCCCACAUCCCACCACCUAACCCCGGCCCGAGGGCUGGAGCAAGAGAGUGUCCGUGGCCGGGCCUUACCUCUUCCACGCUUCCUCCGUCUCCCAGAACUCAUAGACCACAAAGGUGAUGCCGUCCGCCAGCCUCACAGCUGCGAUGCUAGAAGGGGAGCCGAGAGGCCAGAGUCAGUGGAAGCACCAUGCUGUCUGCCUGCGCCGUCGGGCUGCUCCCCACGGGGGUGCAGACAGGGACACGCACGGCCCAGCCCCACCACUGUCCUGCCCAGCAACGAGCCCAGACAGGGCAUCCCCAGAGCCAGCCUCCAGGAUGCCCUGAGACCCUGAAACGUGAGUCUGGCAGCAGCUGCAGCAGCCGGGGGUGGUCCGGGACAGGAAGGCAGCCUGUCGCCAGCCCGGGGCUGCGCUCAGUCACACGCUGCCUUUCCGAUCAGAGCCACCCGGAACAUCCAGGACUAGCCACCCAGCCUCACCAGCUGCGUGCACGUCUCUACCCUCUAACACAAGGCCUGGCCCCGCACGGUGGCCAGUGCACGGCUGUUGAGUGAAUGGUAACGAAACAUUUUUAAAAGGCUCUCUAUUCAGUAAAAAAUCUACCUUUAGAAGAAGCAUCUUCCACCUGCCCCUCUGUCCAC